AUAGGAGGUGUCAAGACUCAUUCCUUUUCUUUCUGACAUUCCCCUCCCUCUCUCAUUUUGAUGACCUCUCUGAAACAGACCCAUAGCUCGAUUCAGAACUGGAAAAUGAAGUAUCGCAACUCCAAUAAGGUUGCUGCCAAAUGGGUUCCCAUUUUCUCGGUCGUUUCGUUCCUCCUGGGCAUGCUCAUCGCAAGCAGGAUAUGGGAACCAACUGAAUCAAACGGCCAGCUUGUUUCGCUGCGUCGGAAUAAUAAAGAACUGCAAGUCGUCUCCAAGGAGUCUACUGCUGAAAAGAAGCCGGUGCCAAAUCAGGAUGUAAUAACCGAAGUUUACAAAACCCACGAAGCUAUUCAGCAUGCCAGAUCUCUGGACAAACAAGUUUCCAUGCUUCAAAUGGAAUUAGCAGCAGCUAGGAGUUCUCGAGAAAUGGGGGUCUCAGAUGGCUCUGGGGCGACCACCUCUGAUAAAUCUACGGAAGCAGCUCCCAGGAAGAAGGCGUUUAUAGUGAUUGGCAUAAACACAGCUUUCAGUAGCAGGAAGCGGAGAGAUUCAGUUAGGGAGACUUGGAUGCCACAAGGGGAACAGCUCCUUCGAUUGGAACGUGAGAAGGGAAUUAUCAUCAGAUUUAUGAUCGGCCACAGUGCAACUUCCAACAGUAUUCUUGAUCGAGCGAUUGAUUCAGAGGAUGCCCAGCACCAUGACUUCCUUCGGCUGGAACAUGUCGAAGGGUAUCAUGAACUGUCUGCAAAGACAAAGACUUUCUUCUCUACUGCAGUUGCUAAAUGGGAUGCAGAUUUUUAUGUCAAGGUGGAUGACGAUGUCCAUGUCAACUUAGGUGUCUUGGCAUCAACUCUUGCUCGUCAUCGUUCAAAACCAAGAGUCUAUAUCGGGUGUAUGAAAUCUGGACCUGUUCUUUCCCGAAAGGAUGUCAAGUAUCACGAGCCUGAGUUCUGGAAGUUUGGAGAAGAAGGGAACAAAUACUUCCGCCAUGCCACUGGACAGAUAUACGCACUUUCUAAGGAUCUGGCUACCUACAUCUCCAUUAACCAGCCAAUAUUACACAAGUAUGCUAAUGAAGACGUCUCGCUUGGGGCAUGGUUCAUUGGUCUCGAAGUUGAGCACAUUGAUGACCGCAGUAUGUGCUGUGGGACUCCGCCAGACUGUGAGUGGAAGGCGCAGGCAGGCAACACAUGCGUUGCUUCAUUUGAUUGGAGCUGCAGUGGAAUCUGCAAAUCAGUGGAGAAGAUUAAAUAUGUCCACCAAAAAUGUGGUGAAGGGGAAGGAGCUAUUUGGAGUGCUUUAUCUUAAACUGAUUCCAUCAAAGGGUUUUGCGUGGUUGGAAGAAGGAUUAAUUGUUCGUUUGACUCUGGAACUAACAAGGCCAUUUUGAGGCAGGAAUCCAACCAAAUAUAUAGAAAUGAAAAUUUUACCCCCAACUAAGGCUGGUUGAUUAUUUUCA